CACCACCAUGAAUGCUGUAAAUGUUGUGCAACUGUUCAUUCUGGUUUGGACCUUUACUGCUGUCUGUCAAGCUGAUGAUGGUUUCGUCAGUGCAAGCUGUGAUGAUGUGACUGGAUCUGUGGAGAAAGAAGUAACUCUCACCUGUAGCAUCUCUCAGCAGUACACUGAUUGCUGCAUUGUGAUGUAUAUGUUUCAAUACCCUGGGAUAAAUGACACCUUAAUCUGUGCACAAGAGCUUCCUUACAACCCCUGUGAUCAGAGUAACAGCUUCUCAUGCCGCUACACUCCAACUACAGCAAGGAAGGAAAAUAUAGUAUUCUUUGUGCAAACAAUGUGUGGAAUGAAAAGAACAGAAUUCACUGUUAACACAACAGGGCUCAUUAAACCUGAAAUUGUCACUGAAGCUCCUGCUCCUGGCAAGAAAGAUUUCAUUGUAAGCUGUGAGAAUGUGACUGGUUCUGUGGGGAAAGAAGUAACUCUCACCUGCAGCAUCUCUCUGCAGCGCACUGAAUGCUGCGUUACAAAGUAUAAGUUUCAAUACCCUGAGAGCUUUAAUGACUCCGCAGUCUGUCAAGAUUUUCCUGUGAACCCCUGUGAACAGAGGAAAAGCUUCACAUGCCGCUACACUUCAACUACAGCAAUGACAGAAAAAUUCACAUUCUUUGUGCAAGCUUCCUGUGGAUGGAAGAAACCCGAAUUCACUGUUGACACAACAGUUUACUUAGGACGUAUGAACCCAGAAAACCCAUCAGGAUCCUCUCCACCAGAGACAGCAGCAGGAUUCAAGGAUACUGUCAUCACUGUGCUUGUGAGUGGUUUCCUCAUCAUCCUCAUCAUCGUCAUCAUCAUGACAAUAAUUUACAAAACAAAACCAAACUUCACCAAACUUCCUGGAUCCCAGAACAGGAUGUGUCUGGUUGUCAAACAUGAUGAGGACAGAAGCGUUCAUCCAGAAGAUGUGAUAUAAUAGCACUGACUCAGCAG